AUGACUGAAAAUUCUCAAAAAUCAGAAAAAAAAACGAAAAAAAAUCGGGAGAAGAUUGACUGCAAUUAUCUGAAAUUUGGGGAAAAUGAGAAAAAAUACGAAAAAUCGAACAUCGAAGGCGAACUCUACGAGGUGGAUGCCAAGAAAUUAGAGAUCUUGGACGAGCUGGAGGCCUAUCCAACGCUAUAUGAUCGGAAGGAAAUCGAGAUCAAACUCUCCACGGACGGCUCGAUUCGCCACGCUUACAUCUACCUGCUCCGCUCGUGGCGCGCGGAUCUUCUUGCCACGUCAUCAGUCAUGUUGACGACCUACUCAAGUCUUGGACCACAUGGACGCGUCUAUGUCGACACGUAA